CCUCUGCUUUCUUGUUUGCAGCAUUUCCCAGCACCACAGAGCUCUCUCUCUCUCCCGCUCGCUCGCUCUCUCUGUAUAUAAAAGCACAGUAAAAUUCUUGCCUACUUCUCAUUGCUACUCUCAAACAAAACCCCAUGCUAUUUUUGUCCAAGUACGCUUCGAUUUCUUGUGCACUUAAAUUUCGACAGACGUUCAAAAGAUAGAGAAGAAUCAUGCGUAUGGUACUAGCAAAUAGCCAUCGAUAGGACAUUCGGGAAUCUGGGAUGACAACGGUUUCAUUUCAAAUUUUUGUCAUUAAUCUUUACCUCUGCUUUUGUUGUUACUGAAUUGAUUAUUUGACAUUUUGAAUAGUGGAUUAGGGUCUUGAGAAUGAAGUGAAUUCUUGAAGAAACAAGCUACUGCUAUUAUCUACGUCCUGUUUAUUUUGGUUCAAGAGUACGUCUGAGGCUUGCUAAGGAGAUGGAUGUUGCUAAACAUUGGUAGUUAGUUCUUUGGAAUUUGGUUGGCAGUAAGUGUGUCGAGGAAUAUUGAUGCUAAUGGAGAGAAAGUCAAUGGAUGAGGACAAGGGCAUCGAAGAUCGAGACUUGGGUAAGGAGAGAAGUUCGUUUAAAGAUAUUGCCUUGAAGGUCAAUAGAGUCAAUGAAGAACGGAGAGAUGGGGCCAAUGGGGGGUUGCAAGGUCAAGGCACUCUGCAAGUGCUGCAGCCUCCGCCACCACCUCAGGGGACAGUGGUUUGUUGGGAGAGGUUUCUUCAUGUUAGAUCCAUUAGAGUCCUGCUGGUGGAGAAUGAUGAUUCUACAAGGCAUGUUGUCACUGCUCUGCUCCGAAACUGCAAUUAUGAAGUGCUGGAAGCAGCUAAUGGAUUGCAAGCAUGGAAGAUUCUUGAAGAUUUGACCAAUCAUAUUGACCUUGUCUUGACAGAGGUAGUAAUGCCUUGUUUAUCAGGAGUAGGUCUUCUAUGCAAGAUAAUGGGCCAUAAAACACGCAAGAAUGUUCCUGUGAUCAUGAUGUCAUCUCAUGAUUCAAGGGGUUUAGUCUUUAAGUGUUUGUCGAACGGUGCAGUGGAUUUUCUUGUUAAACCCAUACGUAAAAAUGAGCUUAAGAACCUCUGGCAGCAUGUCUGGAGGAGAUGCCACAGCUCUAGUGGAAGCGGGAGUGAAACUGGGACACCAUCGCAAAAGUCUGUAAAAUCAAAAAGUAGUGACAAGUCAGACAACAAUAGUGGCAGCAAUAAUUGGAGCAAUGGUUUCAAUGUUGGUGAUGGAAGUGAUGAUGGGAGUGGUGCACAGAGCUCUUGGACAAAGCAAGGUAUGGAAGUUGACAGCCAUCAAGUUAUGUCUCCAGGGGAUCAAAAAGAUGAGUGCCUGGACAGCACUUGUGCGCAAUUUAUUCGCUCAAAUGCUGAAAUCUCUUGUAAUGGAAAGGUGCUUACGAAUGUAGCAGGGGAAGGUGCUGAAAAGAAACAACCCGACAUUAUUGCAAAGGGCAAAGACCAGGAGGCAGUCGUACCUACAAAUUCAGACUCACGAUCUGAAAAUCCAGUUAAAGCUCCAUUUGAAAAGAAGACAAUGCCAGAAACUGAUCGUGAUAUGAGCAGCAAGCGAAUCGAUGAGGGACAAGCCAAUUUCAUAGGUGAAUGCCUGUUCAGCAAUCACAAAAUUGUCAGUCUGAAGUCCAAUCCUCUCACUGUUAGCAAAGAAUCUGAGUCUACGAGAGAAGUGGCAAACAGGUUAGACAUCAACAGUGAUGCUGCUGAUGAUUCUAAAGAACGAAGCUUAACGAGUCUUAGAGGAUUUCAGGACACUGGGAGAACUGUUCAAGAUGACUGCUCUGUCUUGCUACGUUCUGAGCAAUCAGCCUUCUCAAGGUUAUAGAGAAGAAAGAUCACUAGAUGAUGAUUUUGUUACUCUCAAUUUUUU